AUCUCAGUAUCAUUGAUAUAAUAAACUGUAACUUUUUAUGCUGUAUCCAGACUUCAGUUUCACGAGAAUUACGGUUAUUAAAUAAAUGCGUGCAAUUAUAAGUGUUAAUUAGUUAAUAUGUAUUCUCCUUUUUUUGAAUAGUUGUUUAUUGGAUAUGUCUUAAUUUCUUACAUUUUUAGGCUUAUUCCAUUUAAUUCGUUAUUCGUAUAUAUUCUUUAGCGCUGAAAAACGUUUAAACUAUGAAUCAGGGAACUGACAAGUUGCUUCAGUACCUAAGUGAAGUAGAGGAAGUAGCAGAAGAUAUUCUGACUGAUAAAAAUCAACUAGUUGACCUAGAUAGGAAGAGAAAUAAGAACAGAGAAGCUCUGAGAGCACUAGAUAAAGAAAUUAAGGCUGACCAAAUGCCCAAAAAAUCUUUGGUUUGUUUUGGAAAUAUGUUCAUCAAGUUUCCUAAAGAGACAGCCAAAAAGUUAAUUACUGAUGACCAAGCAAAGUUAGAGAAAGAAGUCACAAACCUUCGAAAUGGAUUGAAACAUAAAAUUAGCAAGUUAAGAGAGUUAGAAGGAAAAUCAGAACUUAGUGGAUUCAGUCUUCAGCCUCUUUCCAGAGAAGAAAUGUGUGCAGUGGAACAAUUUAUGAAACCUUGUAGAUAAAAGAAGCCAUUAUAAAUACUUUAUUGUGAUUAAAAACUUUAUGCUGCAACUCUAUAGAGACUGAAGAUUAUCUGGUUACAUCUUUUUAAAAGUUUAAGUAUAAAUUUGAUGGAGAUAUAUCAUUGGCAAUACUGUAAGAUAAUAAAGACAGAUUCAGAUUACAA